AAGCCUGUUAAGCGAAAGCUUCUGCUAUUUGCACCAUUCCUACAGAGGAUUGAAAGCGCAUAUUUUGUACGUUGCGUCACUUCACAUCAUAUUUGUGAUGCCAGUUAUCGUCUUGAGAGUAUCUGCACAUUUUUUGACUUACCUCCAUAAACCAGUAAAUAAAUAACAAUUCAAGUAAAAUUUAUGCGCGAGACUAUAAUUUAUGGACGAAACAAUCGCAUUUAAGAGAGUAGAUCUUGGAUGUUGGAAAGAAAUGCAUUCACUCAUUUGGCUAAAUACCAUUUUGGCAUUAUAGCUGAUUUUUCGUGAUGAAAAUAUUAAAUCUAAUACCUAAUUCUAACAUUAGGCCGUAAAUCCUAAUUCCUCACACUAAUAUAUAACCCUCAUAUAACGUUAAAGGGUACCCUUUUCCAAUGGACUUAAUUGGGAAAAUGGUAUAUACGUUAACAUAUGUUAACAUGUAUUACUGAAGACUGAACAUGUACCUUGUCACUUUCUGUCGUAACAGACGAACAAGGGAAAUGAGUUGUACCUCCAUGACAAACCGUGUGGGUGUUGUUUGCGAUAUCAAACUCCUGCUUCUUAGAUAUAAUCAGAAAAUGUUCACACAAUUUUCUACGAAACAUACCCAUUACACGAGUUAUAUUAGUUCCUGAGUAUUCGUCGUUUUAGUGAACAUAUCAGUAACGUACUUUGGAGUUACUGUACCUUUUUGAUCUGAAACGUAAAACCCUGUUAAUGUGGUGAAUCAUGCUAUAUUUAUUACCGCCGGUGCCUUAGUAGUUGGGGUAGUAAUACAACUUGUAUCAGAUCUUUCGUUCUGAUUAGGAAUAUACCAAGCCAUCAUUUUUGCUCAGCUUUUAUCUUGGUUAGCGUUUAAUUUUAUUUUCUCAACUAGGUACGCCAUAUCUUCUCAUGUUAUAACAUACAAAGGUCUUUUGAGUUUUGAAAAACAAAGAAAGGGCUAGAGGGUUCGCACGAUUUUAUUUCUAGUUUCAGAAUGGGAGUCCAUGGAUUGUGGGGCAUACUCUCUUCUGUCCAAGAAUACCGCCCCUUAUCCAAAAUUGGUUGCGAUUCUGUUGCUGUUGAUCUCAGUAUAUGGAUUUGUGGAGAUAAAUCAAUUGCACCUUUACCUGCACUACAUUUAAGGAAUUUGUUUUUUCGGUUAGUGGGUCUGUUACGUGAAAAUACCCUGCCUGUCGCAGUUUUGGAUGGUGUCGCUCCGUCACUUAAAUCGGACGUUAUGGAACAGAGACAACAAAAAUGUGCAUUCAACUACUUAAUUCAUUUGGCAUUCCAUGGGUCCAGAGUCCUGGAGAAGCGGAAGCUAUGUGUGCAUUCCUUAAUUCAAAUAAACUAGUGGACGCUUGUAUCACAAAUGACGGUGACGCUUUUCUGUAUGGUGCUGAGACAGUUUAUCGUCAUUUCUCAAUGGAUAGUCGGGACUCCAGUGUUUGUGUUUUUCACAUGCAUCGUAUACGUGACGUACUGAAUUUGACAAAAUGUGACUUAGUUCUACUUGGUAUUUUGUUGGGUUGCGAUUAUUGGGCAAGUGGUGUCUCUCGUUUAGGUCCAGUUGGAGCUUUACGUUUGAUUUCAUCCUUGAAAUCUCCAAGUCUGCAUGUGGAUGAGCAUUUCCUCAUUAAAUUUUUGUCUUGGCUAACAAGUACUUGUCCACAAAAUUGCGAAGAUUUCAAUCUCAAUCCAUUUGGUCUUCGUGUAUGUCCAAGUGUUAUAAAAAUGUGGCUGCGUGUUGGCGUAGAAUUAAAGAAUUGUCCUUACGAAGAAAUAUUUGCAGAAUUCUUAACUAGUUUUAAAGAUCGUAAUUGGGUCUUACCCAAACAGGAAUCUAUUUCUCAGUGGAAACGACCAGAUCCAAGAAAAGCUGUAUCUUUUUGUCAAAUUCAUUUAAAUUGGGAUCCAGCCUAUACUCUUCAACAUUUUUUACCAGUUAUGGCGUUAUGGGAUUUAAGACAUCCUCAAAUUUAUAAUUCACCAUCAUGUAUCAAGUCGUUGAUUGAUUAUCAAAUUGAUGAUUCUGUUAUUUUAAAACCCUUGAGGAUAGUAAAGAAACGCAUAGUUAAUUAUGUAGACUCUUACGAAGUCGAGUGGGAAAGAUUGGGAUUUGAUAAAUGGUCCGAACAGAAAAAUAUUCUGCAUCCCAAUGAUGAAAAUGUUCAGAAUAUGAAUAUUUUUGAUAAUUGUAAUUAUUAUUUUUCUGUACCACAAGUAGAAUUUCGUAGAGUUCAUAGUGAAAUUUGUUCUCUGUUUGAAAAUUCCACUUGUCAAAUUUCAAUUGGAAAGAAAAAAACAAAAUCGAAGUUGUCUAAAAUUGACAAAAAUCAACUUGUGAUAGAUGAGGCAUUCAAAGGUUUAAGUAUAUCAACUAAAAAAGUAAAUAAGAGUGAAUCAGAAAAAGACAAAAGUCCUGAUAUUUUGACUUCGCUUACUAAUCUCGUUAAACAUCCGGUGUGGGAGUCAGACAAUUCAAGCAUUGAUGAAAAUGAAUAUGUUGAUUACAAUAAUGAUGUAAACAGAAAUCACAAGGAAAUGUUGCCUGAAUCUAUCAUUUCCGAAAUGAAUAAUGGUUAUAAUAGUGAUAGUGAAGUGUACAAUCACAUUGUUCGUGAAUCGCCACCACCAUCUCUCUCCGCUGUAUUCACACUUUCAUCUCCAUCGAGUAGUGAAUUGAAAUCUACAUUUUCCAACUUGAGCAAACGCUCAUCUUCAUUGUCUAAUUUAUUUAAUAAUCCGUGUUUACAAUUGCAAACUUCGCUUUUAUCCAAUUCUUUUGUAUCUGAAAAAAAAUUCCCACAUUCCAAUCUUUUAUCACCAUCAAUCUUCUCUAGUUGUUCUUCUUGUUCAACUGACAGAGAUGAUAUAAUUACCGAUCAUAGUGUUUCACGAAUAAUUGAAAAAUUCCGUACACCUAAAACAUUAAAAGAUCGUUUAGGUGUUGUAAAUUAUUUUUAAUGAAUGAAUCGUUUUCACUAAACUAUUUUAUUAAGAUAUUAUUACUUUUUUAUCCACCUUUUUACCUUAUUCCAUGCUUGUUUUUGUAUACAUUACUAUACAACCAGGUAAUUUUGUUAACUUUUUUAAUGCUUAUGAUGACUUUUCCUCCUCUCUAAAUAGUCUCUCUUGUAUUGUAGCCUUUAUUUUCCCUACUCUGUUGUAAAUACAUCUAAUUGUUGUUUUAUAAAACCUGUUUCUAUGAGAUGUUUUCAAAAUUUAUUUAAUUGAAACAGAUUUUAUUUUCUGUAGAAAUAUGCUGUCAUGAGUGUUGAUGAAAAAAUGUGUUUGUGUUUCUAAUUAUUCGUAUCAUUUUAACUUCGGUGUAUUUUAAGGAAUAAGGCUACUAAAUAAUUACCAUAACACAUAAAUGAUAUCCGUCUUUGCUUAUCCAGGAAAGGUAUUCACUUCCUUAUCAGAGCUUUGACAAAUUAAACAAUAAAAUUUUAUAGUUUGUAUGGUUUAAGAGUAUCCAUAUUUUUCGGUAUUAGUUUCUCAGCUGCAUAACCAAACUUGUCUUAAGAUCCUCUAGUUACUUAAAAUUGUUUUGAGCUGGAGUAAUAUCUUUCCGAACAAGAGAAAUGUCAUUAAUAAACUGUUUAUCGGACC